ACAAUGAAAAUCCAAUUGGACAUAUAUUUUCUACAUUUGGAAAAGUUUUUGAUAAUGUUAAAAAGAAAUUUGUUGAUGUAAUACAAUGGCUUACAGACCGGCGACGAAACCGGGAAUUCAUUAUAGUUAUUGCCUCCAAAAUGAGGAAAUGGCUGUUUUGGGAACAAAACAAAACAUCAGAUAAUCGGAUAAAAGACAGAAAAAUUGUUUAUACAAAUCCCGAAUUUAAGUCACUCUGUUUGGACCCGACUUUCACUGAUAUGGACUCUAGUCUCGAUGGGUCCGAGAUAUUGAUUUUCAAAGACGACAAGUUUUACGUAAUGGAAAAUUUACGGUACGGAUCGGGAACUUUGUUGGCCAGCGGACUGACCAAUAAAUUAUUUCCAAACUUUGAUGACAAAAAUUUUACAUCAAUGUUGAGCAUCAAAGAGGGCGAACUCAGAGGCAAUAUGUUUGCCUUUUAUAACAACCAAAUGACGUCCGGCUGGCGGACCAGCGGUUGGUUUACAGCAAAGACUGAGAAUUAUCAAAAGAAAACACCGAUUAAAUCAUUGCCAAUAAAUGGCUUUCAGACUGUAUUUCAUAACAGAAAUAUUAAUAAUCCACUUCUUGUAGGACUCGAUGGUAAAAAAGUCUAUUACUAUAAGGUGGUAAACAAGACAUUUGUAAUGAUAAAACAAACAACUAAUGACAAGUCUGUAGAAAGACUUCCGCCGGAUAUUACAACUUCUUUUUCAAUGCCCAACGGAUACACAUAUCUGUUUCGCGGCAAACAGUACUGUGUCCGCGAGUUAUACCCCGAGGAGGAGGAGGAGGAGGAGGACGAUAGACAGCCGUGCAAAGUAUGGCUGGAUUCGCGUCUAUUUCUCGGCUGUUUUGGUCAAUACCCUCCGCCAUACAGUCUGGAAAGCGAUCGGAAACAAGAACUGCAAAACUUUGAAACUCGAGAACAAACCGAAUAUCAAGAAAGUCUGUGCAAAGACUUGAAGAUCACUGGACUAACGCGUAAUGUUACUGAUCUGACACAACUAGUGUUCAGAGGUGACCACUAUUGGGUGAUUGAAAACUUUCCGCAAAAUUCUGUGGCCGUUCGUCACGGUCUGAUAGCCGACAAAUGGCAAGGAUUUGAGAAAACUCCUGAUUCGGUGAUAUUUGUCAGCGAAGGUCGUCAUCUGAGAGGACAGCUAAUUGAAUUCAAUGGUAACAGCUAUCAACAGUGGCUAAACAAUGGCAGUCGACUAGUGGAUGGACAUCAAAAGUUUGCCAAAACUAAUGCCAUUUUACAAAACUUGGAUAUUCAUGAACCUAUUGCAGUGGCAUUUAAUGACAAUGAGAGAGGAUCGGUAUUGUUUGAGAGGUUGGCAUUGUAAUGACACGGCAACCAAUUGUGUGAGUAUUUGAUUUGAUUUUAUAU